AAUUGCUCAUGACCCUGUUGAACUUGAAACAAAAGACCUGAAAGAGAAAAUUAGUGAUAUGGACUUUAGUGAAAAAUUAAACAACGAACAACAAAAAGAGGCUAUAGAAAUGCUAAAGAAGAAAAAAGACAUUUUUGUACAAACUGUUGAAGAACUUGGAUACACCAACUAA